AUACGGCUCCUCUUUACUUUCUUCUUCCCUUAGUGUAAAAAGAGUGAGGUAUUAUUGUGUUUAUAACAUAUCAUGAGCUUUGAUUUACUUACCUUACAUAUAACCCUUGUAGAUUUAUUAAUGGUUUCGAUCACAUUACUCAGUUUAGGUUGCUAUAAUUUCUGAUUUUGAAAGUGAAAAUAGAGCUUCUAUACACAAAGUACAUGUAGUCAUGACUUAUGCCCAUGUUGAGCUUCAAGAGGUAUUAAGACCUUCAUAGCUCAGUUUAGGUUGCUAUAAUUGUGUAGUUUGCUUGAUGUUAGGACAUUGCCACACUGUUAAUGAAUUUUUGCAAUCUAAUAUCUUUGAUUAAUAAUGGUCUUUUCUAGAAUGAAACAUGGAGGUUCCGAACUACCCUCUAUAUUGCUAUUGGGGUGGAGAAAUUGUCCACAAAGAUAGCGAUGUAACGUAUAGGGGUGGGAAUCAAAAAUUUGUUUUUGUACAUGCUGCGAUGACAUAUUCACAAGUUCUGAACAAGCUAUACGAAGAAUUGAGUGUUGAUCCUAGAGGUGUGGAGUUGAAGGUGGUUAUGCGUUAUCCUAUGGCUGGGGCAUAUGUUGCAAUUCCGUUGAAUGACGACAACGCUCUUAGAGCUAUGUGGAUUGUUGUGACUCAGAGUUCUUCUGUUGCAAUGCAAUUGUUCAUUGAACAAGUUCCAAAGGAGCCAGUUGUGCAAACUAACACUGGUUCCUUUCCGGGGAUGGAUUUUUUUGGUAGUAUGGAUCAACCGUUUUCCACUGGUCAUCAAAGUGUGGGCAUAGGGUCAUUCACAAGAAUGCUUGUUGAUCCACAUUAUGUCAAUGAACACCUGUCACAGUUUAGGUCUCCGGCCUCAUCGCCUAAUGUUGGAACCUCAACAAGCACACAACCACAAGGCAUUCUUGAUUCUCUUGACCCAAACAAUGUUGAUGUAUUUGGCGAUGCGGAGAUGAAUGACACUGAUGAAGAUGAUGACGAAGAGGUAAUUGAAGCUCGUGAUAAGGCAAUUAAAGGAAGCGCCCCCACUUCAGACUUCAAUGAAGUGGCGUAAGUUGAUCCUCGUUUGAAUAACUCAUGGAUGUCUUGGUUAGGAAAUGAGACAUAUAACAAUGGGGGAGAAUUUGAGGUUGGACAACAGUUUGACUCUUUGCAACAACUGAAAGAUGCUGUGAAAUCUUACUCCAUAGCUAGAAAUCAAACAAUUCGAGUUGUGGAGGCAGAGCCAGAGAAAUAUGUUGUUGAGUGCAAGAGGAAAUAACAAUGUAAUUGUUCGUGGAGGCUUAGAGGAGUGAAAGAUCCAACACUCUCUACGUUUAAAAUUGUGAGGUACAACGACCCUCAUGCAAGUAACUGUGUUGGUGACAUCGACUCGGUAGAUCAUAAGCUACUCACUUCCGAGUUCGUUUGCAAUGCUCUUCUAGAUGUCAUUCGCGUUGAUCCUUCAUUGAAAAUCAAGACAAUGGUGCAACUUGUGAAAGAGAAAUUUGAUGGAUUCCAAAUAACCUACAAGAGAGCAUGGCUAGCGAAACAAAAGGCAAUAAAACUCAUUUAUGGGGAUUGGGAGGGUUCAUAUGAACAGUUGCCUAAGUACAUGGAAGCUCUCAAGGAAUCAAAUCCUGGAACUGUUGUUGAGUGGAGGUUGUUAGAGAGUACGGUUCCUGGAACACAUAUUUUUCAACGAGUCUUUUGGGCAUUCAAGCCAUGUAUUGAUGGAUUCCGUCACCACAGACCCCUUAUCACCAUUGAUGGCACUCAUUUAUAUGGCAAAUACAAAGGCACUCUACUUAUUGCUAUGGGAAUGGAUGCCAAUUUUCAACUAUUCCCCCUCGCUUUUGCGGUUGUCAAAGGAGAGAACAAUGAUAGCUGGUCUUGGUUCAUGGCUUGUAUUCGAGCUCGAGUUACAGAUAGGAAAGGGCUAUGUGUGAUAUCUAACAGACAUGCUGGUAUUUUAGCAGCAAUGGAAGAAGUUGGAAGUGGUUGGGAGGAGCCCAAUGCCUACCACAAGUACUGUACACGGCACUUGGCUUCUAAUGUGAACUCAAAAUUUAAAAGUGUCGUCAUAAAGAACCUCUUUGGCAAAGCAGCUACUGCAAGGCAGAAGAAGAAGUUUGAUUACUACAUCAACAAAAUUGGUGACUUGAAUGUAGAGGCCCGUAGGUACUUGAUGGAAAUUCCGUACAGUAAGUGGUCCAUUCAUCAUGAUGGUGGUUUCAGGUUUGGUGUGAAGACUACAAACAUGUCGGAAGUUUUCAACGGAGUCUUAAAGGGGGCUCGAUGUCUCCCGAUAACCGCUUUAGUGCAAAUGACCUUUUUCCGGGUUAACUCCUAUUUUGCAACUAGAAGAAGUUGGAGUAAAAGAAGACUUGAAGAGGGCCAUGAGUUAUCGGAAAAGGCUAUGAAGACAAUAGAAGCCAACAUGGAGAAAGCCACGCACCAUGAGGUUGUUGCUUUUGACUAUGAUGCCAUCGGGUUGUAUCAGGUUAGGACCGGUCGUGGAAGGAGAAAAGCUGGUAAAGGUGGUAACUCCCACACUGUGAAUCUGUUGAGCAAGACAUGUACUUGUGAGAAAUUGAGAAUAUACAAGCUCCCAUGCUCUCAUGUCCUAGCAGUUUUUCGUCAUCGAAGCCUAUCACAUGCAGACUUUGUGGAUUCUUUUUUCACGACCGCCGAAUAUAGGCGUUCAUACGCGAAGUGUUUCGCACCAGUUCCUGAUCCUUGCCACUGGUCAGCUUACAAUGGGCCUACUACUAUGGCCAACCCAGAUUUGAAAAGAGGCCCAGGCCGACGGUCCACUAGAAUUCGAAAUGAAAUGGAUGAGCGUCCCUAUCGUGUGAAGAAGGCAUGCAGUGUUUGUCGGCGACCUGGGCAUAACAAGAAGACAUGUCCUACUCUUAUUGGUGGUGUUGGAUCAUUUGGGUAACAUGAUUAAUUAUAUAUUCUUGUUUAAUAUUUAUGUUUAUUCUCGAACGCUUAACAUUAAUUCAAUUUUCUGUUAUCGUGUAGGUCCCAUGGAGCCGGUUAUUCGUCCAGGCCCAGUUGAUCCAUCUGUUCUACGGUUGCAGACUUCCCAUAGGAGCCACGAUGUUUGGAUUGGCGUAGCUGAUAGAGUUCUCUCAGUUAGGGAGCAUAUGGUCAGCGUGGGACGUGAGUGGAGGGUAGAGGGCGGAGUACUAGAGUACGUUAGGCUUGCUGGGUUUUACGGUGUGCAUAGGAUUUUGGGUGGAGGGUUUUUGCUUGAUCGAUCUCUUCUUAUGGCGUUGGUUGAGAGGUGGAGGCAGGAGACACAUACUUUCCACCUAGUGGUAGGUGAGGCCACCAUUACUUUACAGGAUGUCGCCGUCCUGUUAGGUCUGAGAGUGCACGGCCCUCCUGUCAUUGGACCUCCAUUUGAGGGAUGGCAUGACCUAGUUGAGGAGUUGCUGGGAGUUAGACCUGGCCAUGAUGAUAACGGUAAGCCGUUCUGGAGGGAUCUACUUUGAAGUUGACGUGGCUCAGACGUCACUUCUCACAGAUGCCAAAGGGAGUUGAUGACUUGACAGUUCAGCGCCAUAGCCGUGCUUACAUUCUCACUCUCAUGGGAUCUAUUCUGUUCGCCGACAAGAGUGGCGAUGCUGUGUCACUCUACUACUUGUCGUUCCUUCGAGACUGGGAGACAACUUCGACCUACAGCUGGGGGAGUGCGACUCUUGAUUUUUUGUACCGGCAACUAUGUCGAGCAUGUCAGCGAGAUUCGAGACAGAUUGGAGGCCCACUCAUCCUACUACAGUUGUGGUCGUGGGAGCAUAUUACUAUCGGCCGACCAUACAUUAGGAGGCCUCGAGAUUCGCCACAGGAGGACCCUGAGGAUGAGGAUCAGGAUGACAUUUUGGGGACUCAACAUCAGCGAGGUGUUGACCCUUUGGCGUGCAGGUGGUUACGUGUCCAUCUAUCGUGUGCGCAUACCAUACUACAGAGAUGCGUUUGACCAUCAGCGCGAGGACCAGAUGAUUUGGCAGCCAUAUACUGAGGCGGUGAUGGAUCGACUUCCGGAGAUUUGUCGCUCAGACAUGCACAUUUGGCGUACACGGGCACCUCUGAUAUGCUUUGACGUCGUUGAGUUCCACCUCCCAGACCGAGUCCUUCGUCAGUUCGGGUUAAAGCAGCCCAUCCCACAGGAUGUAAACACGGACGUUGCUCUACACAGGAAGGAUCGAAGGGGACAGCGUAAUUGGGAGAUUCGGCAUUCGGACCAUGUACACGAGUGGAGUCGACGAGAGGCAUUAGUCGUCCAGGGAUACCCGUUCACUGGGACUUCUUCCCCGGCCAUGACAGAGUACAUGGCUUGGUAUCGUCGCAUCACGAGACUGGUCAUUACUCUACCUUCGUAGGAGCGCCCCCCGAGUCAUUACCAGCCAGCUACCUCUGACCUACUGCUUGCACAUGCAUUUGCUGAUUUGCACGUCCAGCUAUCGGGAGCUACUGAGACCAUCUCCCAUUUGCCACCAGAGACGGCUAUACCAUUUUCCAUACAGACGAUGCAGGGUUUUACAUCAUUCUGUGGGCAGACCUUGUCUAGGGUGGAGCAGUCACACCUUAUUCAGCAGCCUCGACCGUCCACGUCUUCAUCUUCUACUGUGCACACUAGGCCGAUCAGACCACCACCUCAUCGUGGAGGCCAUUCAGCACGUGCCUUCCGUCCACCGACUCACAUUCGCCCUCCCUUGCAUGAACCUCCUCCUUCUCAGCAUACUAUCAUGACAUCUCCUCCACUGGUGCAUCGCCAGUAUCAGAGAAAUCGACGGCGUAGCAACACUACGUCUGGGGUUGGAGUUGGCUUGGAUGACAUUCCAAAGGAGGAGACAGCUGCAUCAUCUUCGUCGUCACCUCAUGGGAAGAAGCAAUGCCCGAGCUAAGUGUAUAUUUUGGAACUAAACUAAUUUUUUUGUAAAUGCUUAGAAUUAGAUUUUGUUAUAUUUAAUCAAUUGAAAAAUAUUCGACUUUGCAAUUUGGACUUCCUCAGAUCUUCAUAAACUUGU